GUGUGGUGUGUGCAAAGCGGGAGUCUGGACAAUGUCAUCAGGGUGUGAAGGCGGGUGGCCUGGCUACCCCUAUUGCGCAUAUCCGCCACCUCCGCCGCCACAGUGGUCGGCCCAUCCUCACCACCAUUACCACCACCAUCAUCACCACACGCCGGACUUCUGCUCGCCUCAACCACCUGCGCCGCCGCCGCCUCUGGUGACCUACGGUGAUGGCAGCGCGAUACCGCCGUGUCCGCAGCAUUACUGGGACGGGGACGAGCUGAUAGAUGAGUGUGGGCGUGUGGUCCGACGAAAGACGUCGGCCAACAAGAAGGAGCGUCGGCGCACCCAGAGCAUCAACAAUGCCUUCGCGGAGUUGCGCGAGUGCAUCCCCAACGUCCCGGCCGACACCAAGCUCUCCAAGAUCAAGACGCUGCGCCUCGCCACCUCCUACAUCGCCUACCUGAUGGAGGUCCUGCACACGGAGGACUCCACCGCCGCCCCCCCGCCCGAGCCCUUCCGCGCCAAUCUGCCACCCAGAACCAGGCCUUCCCAGGCUAUCUCCGGCGACCACGACAAGGACGAGAGUGACAUGGAGACGGAGCCCACCACGCCCACGGGAGCCGCCCAGGGCAGCGUCGCCUCUGCCACCUCGCCCAGCGCCGCCGCCUCCGUCUCGCCCUCGUCGUCCACCACGUCACCGCCUGAGGGAGGGACGCUCGAGAGGCGGAAAGGCAGGACGGGAUGGCCGGAGACCGUGUGGGCGCAGGAACUCAAGCACUAGAGGGGCGUCGGGCUGAAUCCUGCCGUGGAAAUCCAGUCGGGAAUCCCCGGUGGAGCCUGGUGAAGCCUCCGGUGAAGCCCCGAGGCAGCGUGAGGAGGUGUUCGGGAACUCUAUAAAGAGCCCUUGGUUGCACGCCGCGUAGGAGUUCCAGGGCUCGGGUUGUAAAAGGCUAUUAUGUCGCUGUUUGUCUGUGGCGCGUCCUUGUCGUCUGUUCCACUUCCAACUUCCGUUUCACUGUAACCUUUCUUCCUCUCUCUGUGUCUAUUUGCUCUCAUCUUUUUCUUCCUCUUUCCUACUCUCCUCUUGUUGGAGUAUUCUCCGUCUGCAGCUGUUUUCCUUCAUGAUACUUUCUUCGCCAUCAGUGAACAUCAUGAGAAGGAACUUUUACACAAGCGAAACGAACCAGGAACGUUUGGAGAGAAACGUUGGAAUUUCUUCUGAAUGUUUUAGAUGCACAUUUUUCAGUCUGUUUACAUUUUGAUUUGACUGUAUUUAACCAAAGAGAUUACAUAUCACGAGACGGAUAGCAUAUUUAUAUUUCGGCAGUUGGUGGAUUUUUUCGAAUUUUUAAAAUCCAAGAGAACGUCGAUUCAAAAAGAAAAAACAAACAUUUCGAAAAACUAAAUUCCUGGCUCGUUUCAAUCCUUUGUAUAUAUAUGUAGUCUUGAUGUACCAGUUGUUUUUUUUUCUACUUGGUUCGUCUCUGACUGCUUCCUGUAACCAAAAAUAUAAAAUGAGAAACGUUUAGUAUAAGGCAAGGGAAGGUAUAUGUCGUGUCCAGGACAGUAGAGCUAUUUGAGAAUGAAUGACUGAUUGUGUUCCGAAAAAGAAUUGUUAUUUUGUGAUAUAGUAGAAAAUUGUAUUCUGUUGGAUAUGGCCUCCCCGUCAUGCUGGUUGUGUUCAAUUUAACAGUAAAAAAAAAAUUAUAUUUCUUGAAAUUAACUAUAUGAAAAAUAUAAUCAGUUGUUUACAAAUUUGUAUACCAAUAUACUUAUAUACGUAAAAUCAUAUACAGAUUUCAUUCUGCCAUGUGAUAUGUUUUACAUUAAUAAUCAUAGUAAUAUUAUUUUAUGAUAUAAUUGGUCUUAUGGUACAAUUUGUAUCGUAUCUUUUUGUCCAGUGAUACAAACAUGGAGUGUUAUGAGCAUCGAAGUAUGCAGAGGAAUUCCUAGGAUGAGUAUUCGUACUUAAGACAACACGGAAAGUCCUGGCUGGCUGUACCUCCCUAACUAACUGAUAAUAUAGUCUAGCUCGUCUUUCAUAGUUUUAACUUUUAGUUGAUUCUUUUGUCUCAGAUAUACAUAUAUAUAUAUAUAAAGUUCCCAGUGAUUGAGGGAUCAAGUUUUACGGGAGCGGCGGCGACAAAGGCCUCUCCAGUUUUUGAACGGAGAAGUGGCCUAUUUAGAUAUGGCACACACACACACACACGUACACACACACACACACACACACACGUACACACACACACACACACACACACACACAUGCACACACGCGUAUAUAAUAUAUAUCACAAAAAUCCUGAAAAAAAUAAAGAACACUAGUUUUUCAAAAUUUGAUACUGAUAAAAUAAAACUAUUUCAGAUCUAUUGAUUACACACACAUACACGUAUGCAUUACAUAAUCAAAAAUAAAACAAAAACGACAUUUUCUCUUUCUCUUAUUCACAAAGUAAGGCACCUUCCCGUGUCUCCUGAGGAGGUCUGUUCACGACGUCGCUUCCUGUUCUGUAUAUAAGCUGUCUGUUCCUGCCGUAGGUCGGUGGUGCCAAAUACCGUGAGAUGGAGCUUGUGAUCGUUAUGUAAUGUUAGUUUAAGCUUCAUUCUAGUGAUGCCCGGAAGUGUGUGAGUCGAGAUGUAAGCGUUUGUUGUGUGCAGUGAUGGGGGAUGGAUUCAGUACACCUCUGGUUUUUCAAAUUUCGCUUUUGUUAACCAAUUAAAAGCUCUAAUUAAACUCAUGAUCUUUGUAAUGAGGAUUGCCAUCUGUUUCGGUUAUGCUUUAUUAUCAUUAUUAUUAUUAUUUUCAUGUAGCUGGAAUAUCUACAUGAAGAUGUACAGGUACUGCGCUAAUUAUCAAUUUACGAAUAUUUGUAAAGAUUGUGACAGAAUUGUGACAUU